AUGCUCAAGACACCACCUUUACAAACGGCCACGGCGACCAUUGACACGCUCAGUGGCCGCCUGCAGUCCGCGACACUCCUUGAAGACCGACGCGCCGCGAUCUUGGGCCUACGAAGUUUUGCCAAACAGUAUCCCGCAUCUGUCGCCAGUGGCUCCUUACGAGAGCUCAUAUCAACGCUCAAGCGAGAUGGACUGGGAGAUGCAAGCUCCGCUGGGAGUCAGGAUGGCGAGACCCGUCGAAGUCAAGAGGGCGGCGAUAUUGACACGAUUCGUCUGAUUCUUGAAACUCUACUCAUGCUAUUCAACCCCGACUCGAGCUCGCCAGAGGCUGGUGACGAGAUUGCAUUGUUCCUGGCAGAUGAGUUCUCAAUGCGCCAAGACAACAUCGUGAUGCUCCUGAACUUGCUCGAUCCUACCAGUCCCUACGCCGAUUACUAUUCCCGGUUGUACAGCGUACAGCUACUUUCUGCCGUCUGUGUCGCAAGACCCGAGCGAUUGCAAGAGUGCAUACUUUCUGCACCGUUGGGAACUUCGAGAUUGGUGGGCGUGCUGGAUGAUGGACGAGAUGCUGUACGAAAUGCGGGACUAUUGUUGCUCGUCGACCUUACUAGCGGAGCGAAUGAAGACCUCAGAAAGAUUGUGGCUUUUGAAGAUGUCUUCGGCAAGAUAUUCGCUCUCAUACAGCUCGAAGGGGGCCUCGCCGAGGCGGGCAUCACUGCCCAGGAUUGCUUGAGUCUUCUCGCGAACCUCAUCAAGGGCUCUGCAAGCAACCAGACUAUGUUCCGCGAGUCUGGAUGUGUGGCUCAGAUGGCUCAGCUGCUACAACAGGCAUUUCCCUCAGACCCCUUAGAGGCCGCCUUCCUGGUACAAAGUCGUGAGAAGGCUGCGUGGGGUCUGCUGCAACUUCUCCGGCUUUUCCUAGUUCCUGGCGAGUCUGGGACUGCGCAGAACCAGGCUGCUUUUUUCAGGGCCGGAAUCGCUCAAACCUUGAUCGACCUCGGAUUCUGUUCCAACCUGCCGACCCCCAUUCAGACCACAGCACUGAGAUCAGCCGCUGCGCUCAUCGAGGACAAUCCUUCUCUACAGGAGCAGUUCGCUGCGCUGACCACUGUCACACCCGCAGACACAGAGCACAAUUCACAACAGGCCCAACAGGCACCCAAAACGAACGGCAGUCGUUUGAAUCCUGGCUCCGGAAAGGGCAGCGCACGUGUCAGCGCGGAGACCCGUCGCACGUACAUUAUCGAAGCUCUAUUAGACUUGGCUUUGAGCAAAUCGCAAGCAGACUCCUCGCUGCGAGCGGCAGCUUGUGGGUUGACUCAGGCAUACCUCACCAACCAUGAUAGAAUAAAGGUUCAUUUCCUUCAACGCGCCAUUCACGGGCAUGCGGAACAAGAGGAAGCAGCCAACGUACUUUUGACUUUGCUCCACCCGUCCGGAGAUGACAUCAACAGUGUUGUCUUCGCUUCUUGGAUAGUGCAAGGCUUGGUGGCCGACAACCUCGAGGCGAAAUCUGCUCUCGCUGCGGUUCGGGAGGGCAACGAGAGUGAAGGCGAGGAUGUCGUCACCUGCAUCCAAGGGCUCGGAUCGCAAUUGCAGGCUUCCCUACAGGCGCCGGUUGAUGAGCGACUGGGUGCUGCCUAUGCCAGCUUGCUGACCACUUUGCUUUGGGAUUUCGCUCCAGGUGUCGACGACUUCUUGGCGGAAGGGUCAAGUCUACUGCAGAGUCUCGUGGGAUUGGUGAAGACCCCCACAGAAGAUCCUACCAUCACUGGGUUGGCUGCCGUGCUCCUCGGGACGGUUUACGAGUUCAGCACCAAGGACUCGCCCAUCCCGAGACGGACCAUGGCACCAAUUCUGCAACAGAAGCUUGGUCGAACGAAGUAUCUCGAAGCACUUCUGCAGCUCCGCCGACAACCUGCAAUUCGUGAUUUUGAUCUCGAUCUAGAGUCCGACGAAGCCGGAGAUGGUAUGGUGAGCAAGGUAUUCGCAGACUUAUUCGCGUUGGAGUAUUCUCGUCUACGAAGAGCCAUUGACAAGGACCCUGGUGUCGAGGUUCUGCCUCCCUCUGCAGUCGAAGCGGGCAUCGACCGCGAUGUACUCGACGAGCUAAGACAACAGAUCCAAGCUAGCAAAGAUGCCCUUGCGUCGGCUCAAAAAGAAGCACUCGAGGCAGGGCAGAGAGGCGAGCAAGACCGUAUGACUGCUGCCAAAGAUGUACAAACUGCCAACUCAGAAGUUGAGCGUCUUAAAAAGAUCAACCAAGCAAUGCAACAGGGCCACGAGAAGGAAAUUCAAAAGCUGGAGAAGAAGAACGAGCAGCAACGACAAGCUGCUGACGCACAGAACAAACGUGCGAUCGCAGAGACAAAGCAAGAGGCCGAACGUCAAGCUCAUGCCACUUUGAGAGAGCGGGAAGCUGGCACAGCGCAAAAGAUCCAGGAGUACGAGCGGCGUCUUGCUGAACUAGGCAACGCCCUUCGAGCUGAGUCCACGGGUCACACAAACGUGAAGCAGCAGCUUGAAACUCUCACAGGGAAGCACAACGAGCUCAUCAAGCGUGAGCGAGACCUGGCCCGCCAGCUUGAAGAACUGCAAAGAAAGCACGCCAUUUCGGAACAGAAAUUGCAGGCCGCCGAGGCAAGUGCUGCUGCUGCCGAGACCAAACUCAAUAUUGCCAAAACAGCUGUAGAUGCCCGCGGCGAAGAGAUGGACAGUCUCCAGUCGCAGCUCGAGGGAGUCAGGGACGAGCUCGCCGGCCGAGAGGAAGAGCUGAAAACCGAACGUGCCGGGUUUGCGGAUCUUGAAAAAGAGCUUGAGGUAGCGAAAGAAGCCGCAAGUGCUCUUCGGAAAGAAUUGAAGCUUGCAAGGGAUACUGCGAAGACUCUCGAAACAGAUCUGCAGCUUGCUCAGGAUGCUGUCCAGGCCGCCGAGAAGCAAGUCAAAACGACAAAGGACGCUACCGCUGCCGCCGAAAAGGAGUCAAAGGCCGCAAAGGAUACCAUCAAAGCUGUCGAAAAGGAACGAGACGCUGCCAAGGCUGCGGUGAAAUCUGCUGAGAAAGAGCGCGACACUGCCAAAGCUGCGAUCAAAGCAGCCGAAAAGGAGCGCGACGCUGCCAAAGAAUCUGCCAAGCCUGCCGACAAAGGUGGAAAAGCAGGUGGAAAGAAAGGUAGCACCGCUGCUGGACCUAGCGGCGCGGAUAAGGAGAAGCUUGCCAAGCUCGAGGCCGAUGUCGCCACAUCGCAGGACAGCGAGAAGGCAGCAAAGGAGCAGCUGGCGAAACUUGAGGCCGACAUUGCCGCAUCGCGCGAAAGCGAGAAGGCGGCCAAAGAGGAACUUUCAAAGCAUGAAGCCGAUGUCGCUGCAUUGAAGGAGAGCGAGGAGAGCGCCAAGGAGAAGCUGGAGAAGCUUGAGGCUGGCAUUGCCAAGGCGAAGCAAGAUGAAAAGGCUGCCAAGGAGGAGCUUGACACCAUGUUGCUCGUUCUCAGCGAUAUUGAAUCUAAACGGGACGAGUACAAGUCCAAGGUCAAGGAGCUCGGUGGUGAGGUGACGGAGGACGAGGAUGAAGAAGAUGACGAGGAGGAGGACGAGGACGAGGAUGAGGAUGAAGAUGAUGAUGAUGAGUUGGAUUAG